AUGGAAGGAGUUAACCAAACUAGGUUUGUUUCUGAGUUCAUACUCCUGGGACUGUCCCCUCGGCCUGAGGACCAAAAACCACUGUUUAUCCUCUUCCUCACAAUUUACCUGGUUACUCUAACAGGGAACCUGCUCAUCAUUCUGGCCAUCCGUUCUGACCCUCAUCUCCAUACUCCCAUGUAUUUUUUCUUGAGUUUUCUGUCUUUAACUGACAUUUGUUUCACUACAACUAUUGUCCCCAAGAUGCUAGUGAAUUUUCUGUCAGAAAAGAAGACCAUCUCCUAUGCAGGGUGUCUGACACAAAUGUAUUUUCUCUAUGCUUUGGGUAACAGUGAUAGCUGUCUUCUGGCAGUAAUGGCCUUUGACCGGUAUGUAGCCAUCUGCAACCCCUUCCACUAUGUCACUAUCAUGAACCAUCAUCGAUGUGCCCUACUGGUGACCUUCUCUUGCUCCUUUCCCCACUUCCAUUCACUUUUGCACACACUUUUACUUAAUCUUCUGACCUUUUGUGACUCAAAUGUUAUUCACCAUUUCCUCUGUGACCUCAGUCCUCUGUUAAAAUUAUCCUGCUCCUCCACAUUUGUCAAUGAGAUUGUGAUAGUGACAGAAGGAGCUCUUGUUUUGGUGACUCCCUUCCUAUGCAUUGCUUUCUCCUACAUCAGAAUCCUUGUUACAGUUCUCAAGAUCCCUUCUGCUGCUGGGAAACGCAAAGCCUUUUCCACUUGUGGUUCUCACUUCACUGUGGUAACCCUCUUUUAUGGAAGCAUCUUCUAUGUGUAUUUACAGCCUGUGUCUACUUAUACUGUCAAAGACCAUAUAGCAACAAUUGUCUACACAGUUUUGUCAUCUAUGCUCAACCCUUUCAUCUACAGCUUGAGAAACAAAGACCUGAAGCAGGGUCUGAGGAAGCUCAUAAGCAGAAGACACAUCUAA